AUGGAAAACACAUCCAUGGUGACAUCAGUGAUACUGACUACCUUUUAUGAAAUGGAAGACCUGAAGUACCUAUAUGUUAUGAUUUUCCUUCUUGUGUACCUUACAAUUGUAGCAGAAAAUGUCAUUCUUAUUGUGGUCAUUUAUGUUCAUAGAGCCCUCCAUGAACCAAUGUACAUUUUUGUGUGUAAUUUAUCAUUUAAUGCAUUGUAUGGCAGCACAUCUUUGUUGCCCCCCAUUAUGAGUAAUUUAGUGUCAAAAACUCAUGAAGUAUCUCUGUCCUGCUGUCAAGCACAGGUCUUUUGCUUACACACAUAUGCGAUAAUUGAAUUUACUAUUUUAGCAGUGAUGAGUUACGACCGGUAUGCUGCUAUUUGUCACCCCCUGCAGUAUCACACAAUCAUGUCUGUUUCAAAAGUGUUUAAAUGCAUUGUAUUAUCCUGGCUGUAUCCCAUUAUAGCAUUUGGAAUGAUUUUUGUUCGAACCGUGAGCCUGAUAUUUUGUGGAAAAACAAUGGAGAGGGUGUUUUGUAUAAAUUUUUCACUUAUUAAGCUCUCCUGUGCAGAUACGACCAUCUCAAAUGUCAUGGGAUUGCUUUCACUGGUUGUGUACUGCGUUCCACAGCUUUCGGUUAUACUUUACUCGUAUGUAUGCAUUCUACGCAUCUGCCUAUGCUCCCCUAAGGAAUCACAGUUGAAAGCACUGAGGACAUGUAUUCCACAUUUAUUAUCCACUGUUAACUAUACUAUUGGAUGUUGUUUUGAAAUGUGCCAAACUAGGCUUGAUAUGAGUUAUAUGCAUUAUGGAGCUCGCAUAUUCAUGUCCCUGUAUGUUUCGUUAUGUCCUUGCAUACUUAACCCUAUAUUAUACGGAAUGAGCCUUCAAGCAAUACGAGUGCAGGUACUUAAACUGGUCACACUAAAGAAAUCAGAUUUGCUAACUGCAAUGACUAAGACUGUAAAAUAA